UUUCUAAGGUCAGCACUAAAGUAAGUGUAGUUGUAUGUUUAUCUUAAAAAUAGACUACAUUGCAGGAUAUUUUUAAUUAGUUUUAUUUUAUUUUUAAUUUGAUUAAAUAUUCAAUAUACCAUUCACAUUUAAAUCAGACAAAUGGGUUUCUUAAAAAGAAGAGACUAAUUUUUUACUUUGAUUGUGCUCAAAAUAGCAAUAUUCUGUUCAAUAUCAGACGCAGAGAGCAAAAGUUUAUUUGAAACUAUAAAGCUUAUAAAUUUACUGAUUUAUUCCCUAAAUUUAUUGUUAUUCUUUAACUAACUAAUGAGGAAAUUAUUGUUUCAUAAAUUUUCUGAAAGUUGAUUUUUAUAUUUAGCGAUUUAUCUUUUCUUUAUUUGUGCUUUAUUAUAUUCUGCGUAAUAUCCUUUUUGUUUUCUUAGUUUGGCUUAAAUAUUUUCUUUAACUAAACUUAGUGAGCUUUUGUAAAAAAGAAAUUGUUGAAAAUCAAAUAUCAAAUUCAGCACAAAAAGAAGAGUAAAAGAGAGCUUUCAAACAAGCUUUUUACUUGUAAAUUUUCGAGAAAAGUGACAUACAUACAUAGUUUACAGCUUGUAAAGAAAGUCUUCGUGUAUUAAGAACGCCGAAGAAAAAUGAGUGGGAAUGACUUGAGGAGAAAGAACCACGAAGACAGCGCAAUCUGCACGAGAGAUCAAACUUUCCGUAAGAAUACUCAGGCCAGAGACAGAGGUCUUAUGGUGAAGGAAGAAAGAUGCCAAGAGGGUGGAAUAAAUGGAGAAACGGCGAGAAUUGAUAGAAGAUCCAGCUGUGGUAGGUAUUCGGAUGAAGGCUCAAGGGGUGCGCAUGUGGAUGGAGUUGGUAAUAGGAAGAGAUAUAAAUCUACAGGAUGCCAAAAUGAUGCCAUGCGAAGGAGCCAUACCAAGAUUAUUCUCAAUUCAUCCAUAAAGAAUCAAAUACACGAAACCAAACUAAGGCCGCAAUGUGAGAAAAGCUCCGGAGACCGAAUAAGUGGGAUUAGGAUUUUAGCAAGAGGCGACUUACUAGGGGCACUAAAUUGCUUCUUCCCAGAACUUGAGCUCAAACCAUCAAUAUUUAAUCCACGAAUCCCAAUUUUAGACGCAACAUUCUCGCUAUUUUCGGAUAAAAAAAAUAGGAUAAAUCCAAAGAAGAAUGAUGAUACAAAAUGUUCAACAUUGAGCAAAAAAGGACAUGAUUUUCUGGGGAAGAACAGCAGGAAAUUAAAUGACAGUUCAGCUCGAAAGGACGAUGUGAGUUGGGCAAAAAAGAAGAAACUCUACUCAUCCGUUUUGAAGUGUUCACCCCGAAAAAUCGAUACAAAGAAGUUGCAUGAGCACAAGAAACUCCGUAAGGACAUCAUACUCAGCAGCAUAGCUCAGACUAUGACUACCCGAAGGGUGGAUAGAACGAAACGAGAGGUGAGAUGUGACGAUGGUUUUCCCAGUGAUGCCAAUCAGGAUUAUAUUCUUCGGGGUAUAGUCGACCUGCUGGAAGAUAGUGAUGAUACAGAGGGGCUUACUAAUCGUACUUCAUCCCCCAUGAACAACCUUUUUCAACCCCUACCUUUUCUCUAUCCAACAUCCUAUCCCUCUUUCUGGCAACCAUUGAAACCAUGACCAAUAGGUUACAUAGUUCAUAGAAGAGGUCACAUGCACAGAAAGAUUCUCUUUGCCAUUUUACAAAAUUAAAUGAAGUUUGAUUAUUUGGAAGCUACUUAUUGGCAUAGAAAACCAUUCAGUUUUGAAUUCUAAAAAAAAUUCUAAAUAAAUUGUUGCAAUAAAAA